AUGGACGAAGAAUGGGAAGGCAACUCGGGUGAUGUUGUUCCUAAUAUUUCAAUUGCUUCAAAAAAAAAUUGGGACGGCGAAGACAUUGAAGAAGAAGAUAUAAAGGAUUCAUGGGAUUUGGAAUCAUCUUCCGAUGAAGAAGAUGCGCCAAAAACAGGAGCAGCUCCCAAGAAAUCUAUCGCUCAAAAGAUAGCAGAACGACAGGCAGCCGAACGAAAGAAUCAUAACCAUGACAAAGAUGAAUCGGAUGCACUGGGGAAAAAGAUCGACAAUACUGUAGAAAUGACCAAAGGUUUGAGUAUUGAUGAGAAGGAACAUUCCGCACUGGAUAUGAUAAAUCCCAAAACCAGAGAUGAAUUUGACGAAUUUUCUUCACUAUUGAUUAAACGGAUCAAGAGACACGAGAAUCAAGCGCCAUACUCGAAUUUCAUCAACGUAUUUGUGCGUGACCUGUGUUCAUCUCUCAAGGAUGCCGAGAUUCGUAAAGUAGCCAACACAUUGACAACCUUGGCAAAUGAGAAAAAAGCUCAGAAGGAUGCUUUGAAAACAAAGAAAAAAAAACCGAAACCGUCUGUAGUAGUUGAUGCUCAGGAAACAAAAAGUUUUGAUGAUUACGAGGAUGACUUUGAAUAUUUUAUUUGA